AUGUGCCCUACUCCAGACGCCGCCCCGGCCACCACGAGCCGUACCAAUGGUACCAAUGGCACCAAUGGCACCGACAACUCCCACCCUGGUUACACAGCUAUUCCUACCAAGCCUACUCGUUCCGCCCCCUACCAGCCCGUCGGUGACUUCCUGAGUAAUGUCUCCAGAUUCAAGAUCAUCGAGUCUACCCUCCGUGAGGGCGAGCAGUUCGCGAACGCCUUCUUCGACAUCGACACCAAGAUCAAGAUCGCCAAGGCCCUCGACGACUUCGGCGUCGACUACAUCGAGCUGACUUCGCCGGCUGCCUCUGAGCAAUCGAGAAAGGACUGCGAGACCAUCUGCAAGCUCGGCCUCAAGGCCAAGAUCCUCACACACGUCCGUUGCCACAUGGACGAUGCUCGUCUGGCUGUGGAAACUGGUGUCGAUGGCCUCGAUGUUGUCAUUGGCACAUCUUCGUACCUCCGCGAGCAUUCGCAUGGCAAGGACAUGACCUACAUCAUCAACACUGCCAUUGAGGUCAUCGAGUUUGUCAAGUCCAAGGGUCUCGAGGUCCGGUUUUCCAGCGAAGACUCUUUCCGUUCCGACCUCGUCGAUCUUCUUUCCGUCUACAGCGCCGUCGACAAGGUUGGCGUGCACCGUGUUGGAAUUGCGGACACAGUGGGCUGCGCUUCCCCAAGACAGGUCUACGACCUGGUGAGGACUCUGCGCGGUGUUGUCAAGUGUGAUAUUGAGUGCCAUUUCCAUGACGACACUGGCUGUGCCAUCGCAAAUGCGUACUGUGCUCUCGAAGCCGGUGCCACACACGUGGACACCUCGGUCCUGGGCAUCGGUGAGCGCAACGGCAUCACCACCCUUGGCGGCCUGAUGGCAAGAAUGAUCGUUGCCGACCGCGAAUACGUAACCAGCAAGUACAAGCUCAGCAAGCUCAAGGACCUCGAAAACCUUGUGGCCGACUCAGUGCAAAUCAACGUGCCAUUCAACAACCCAAUUACUGGAUUCUGCGCUUUCACUCACAAGGCCGGUAUCCACGCCAAGGCUAUCCUGAAUAACCCAGCAACAUAUGAGAUUCUCAAGCCUGAAGACUUCGGUCUUUCUCGCUAUGUCCACUUUGCGUCCAGGUUAACUGGCUGGAACGCCAUCAAGAGCCGUAUUGAGCAGCUUGGCCUUUCUAUGACCGACGACCAGGUCAAGCUGUGCACCCAGAAGGUCAAGGCCAUGGCCGACGUGAGACCACUGGCUAUCGAUGACGCCGACUCCGUUAUCCGUACUUUCCACUUGAACCUCACCGCAGAUAAGCAGCAGCCUCUGCUGCCCGACUUGACUUCUGAGGAGCAUGCCAAGUUCAAGAAGGCCGAGAGAGAGAUUGCUGGUCAAUCCGAGAAGAGAGCAUCAGAUGAAGUCACUGCCGAGGAGACCAACGGCAGCAAUGCCAAGAAGGUCAAGGUGUAG